GGAAAGUCCGGAAAGAAAUGCCUGAAAAAAUGACGAAUCUUUACACUCAACUAAGCCCUGAUGGGCCCCAGGCUGGUAGUGGACUUGUAGGGGGCCAUGCAGACCUUCCUCCAUUAAAUUUAUUCGAAAGAGAAGCAAAUGAAGUCAGAAAUCACCGUGUCAAUUGGCAGUCAUAUCUUCAGGGCCAGAUGAUUUCACAGGAGGACUUUGCCUUCAUCAAGGACUACGAUCUCGCUGGACCUGAAAGGAGGGAUCAACUAAUCCAGGCUCUGGGCCCCCUCUGUGCCAAGACACUAGUCCGUCUCAUGGGGCGUAUCGCCAAGGAGAUGACAGUUCGAUACAUCCUCACCUUAGUGGAUGACAUGCUGAAGGAAAAGCCAGAGCGGGUUUCAGUGUUUGCUGAGCAGGGCAGGAAGAGCAAGACGAGUCCAUGGGUCCCAUUCCUCACAUUACUCAACAGAGAGGACCAGUUUGCUACCACACAGUCUUGCCGAAUCGUAGCCAAACUUGCCACAUACGGCAAAGAUCGUAUGAACUCCAGCGAUCUCAAGUUCUUCUUUAAUUGGAUCCGCAAUCAACUGACGACACAGAACAAUGAGUACAUUCAGACCGUGGCCAUGUGUCUGCAACAGAUGCUCAAAUACAACGAGUACAGGGUCGGCUUCAUGGCAAAUGAUGGAAUCAGCACGUUGAUUCUUGUGUUAUCAGGAAAGGUGAGCUUCCAGAUUCAAUACCAGCUAAUCUUUUGUAUCUGGAUGGUAUCUUUCAAUUCAUCCCUGUGUGCACAGAUAAACAAGUACAAGAUUGUUCCAGUUUUGGCUGAUAUCCUAAGUGAAAGUGUGAAGGAGAAAGUGACAAGAAUCAUCUUGGCCGUCUUCAGGAAUCUGGUUGAGAAACCUGAAGAGAAGGAAGUCACGCAGGAGAAUGCUCUGUCUAUGAUCCAGUGUAAGGUCCUGAAGCAGCUGGAAGUCCUGGAAGGACAGAAGAUUGAGGAUCCAGACAUCACCGAGGAUAUUGAAUAUUUGAAUGAGAACCUGCACAACAGCAUGCAAGAUCUCAGUUCGUUUGAUGAGUAUUCUACAGAAGUGAAGUCUGGUCGUUUAGAGUGGAGUCCUGUUCACAAGAGCGAGAAGUUCUGGAGAGAGAAUGCUGCCAGGCUGAAUGAGAAGAACUAUGAGCUACUCAAGAUAUUGACAAGAUUGUUAGAGAGUUCUAAAGACCCUCUUAUCCUGUGUGUCAGUGCUCAUGAUAUAGGAGAGUAUGUCAGACACUACCCCAGAGGGAAAAAUGUGAUAGAACAACUAGGAGGCAAGCAUCUUGUUAUGCAGUACAUGACCCAUGAAGAUCCCAACGUUAGGUAUGAAGCACUGCUUGCCGUACAGAAACUCAUGGUUCAUAAUUGGGAGUACCUAGGAAGGCAGCUUGUCCAGCAAGAGGCAAGCUAGGAGGAGCCUUGUGGGCAUUCUGAUAUCAACAAUCAGCAACUCUAUUAUAAAACUGGUAACCAGAGCACUCUCAUAUGAACCUCGGGCCUGUUUCAUAAAGAGUUAUGGUACCUUUGCAGUCAUGGCAACUAUCAUGGUAUCAUUGCUCAACAGCCAAUCACAACCAAGGAUUCCAUGAUAGUUACCAUAGUUGUUAUUCUUUGUGAAACCAGCCCCUUGUCAUCUCUGAUGAGUUGUCAUUCUCUGAUGGUUGCCAUAGUAACCAUUAGAAUCCAGUAUUUCUCAGCCUAUCAUGUCAGAAAAAAAGCGGCUGACCCCAUCAUGCUGUAUACUGUAAGGCUAAACAUCUUACACAGGCUUUAAUGUGUGGGACUAGUAACCGAGGUAAAAGACAAAUAUGUGGUCUGCCCUUGAAUUAUAAUGUAGCCAUGCUGGGCUUAGCUUUUUUUUGUUGUAUGACCAUGUCAUGGAAUGAAGCUUUGCAUCUCUUGAUAUUUAUUUUAGUCAUUGUAACCAAAGCUGUAGGUACAACCUGCACAUAUGUUUAAUAAUAAUAGUCCUUGUAUAGUGCAUUACACAUGAUGAUUGAUGUCUCUAUGCACUUCCAAAGGACUUGGAUAUUAUUACUCCAGCUGUAGCUCAAAUAGCUUUCACGCGCUCGGCAUGAUUAUGUUUAUGAUCAGAAAUGACAAGUUUGACUCUAACAGAAUGUAUGUACAGGAGACUCUGAAUAGGUCGAUCUUACAGUAGAAAAAUAAUCUUCAAACUUGUAGCAUUAUUUUAGACCUGGGCCCUGUCUUACAAAGAGUUACAAUUUAUCCAAUCAACCGUAACUCUAUGGAAAUCCAUCAGUGUCAUAU